AAAGGGGCGGAAGUGCAAACAAGAGCUUGGGGCGAGAGGGCUUCGGCUUAGAGUUUGCUCUCUUCCACGCACACGCAAGUCGGUGGUAACGCCUGCGGUCUGCGGUGCCGGGCGCCCUCUUGUCACUGCGCGCGUCUCCAGCCUCCGCCUUGGAAAUUGUUCCCCCUGGGAAUUACAGCCUAACUGCAGAAUACCAUGAAUAACUACAGUGUUUCACUGGUGGGUCCAGCUCCUUGGGGGUUCAGGCUCCAAGGUGGCAAGGACUUCAACAUGCCUCUCACUAUCUCUCGGUUAAGCGAUGGAGGCAAAGCGGCUAAUGCAAACGUUGGAAUAGGUGAUGUGGUCCUUAGCAUUGAUGGGAUAAGUGCAGAAGGUAUGACUCAUCUGGAAGCACAAAAUAGAAUCAAGACCUGCUCGGGUAACCUGAUUAUGAAUCUGCAAAGAGCGCCUGCAGCUCCAAAGCCGGAUCCAAUUCCUGUGCAGCAGGUAGAGCCUAAGGACAUAGUUAAGCCUGUGCCCAUUGCAUCUCCAGUCGUACCCAAAAUUUCAUCCACAACCAGCGUGGCCUUCAAUAAGGCUCCAAGGCCUUUUGGAGCUGUGUCCUCCUCCAAGGUCACUUCCAUUCCAUCACCAUCAUCUGCCUUCACUCCAGCCAGUGCGAGUCUUCCGUUACAUGCUUCCCCUACACCCCUGGCCACUGUCACACCUCCCCCGUUCACUGCCUCAGGAGUGCAUGCUAAUGUAAAAUCUAAUGCUGACCAGCGUUCCCCUGUACUGAGUGCCACAAAGCCUGCUGUUAAUACCCCAUGGCAACCCCCACACAAUGCACCUUUCAACGAAAAUGCCCCAGAGGUGACAGAGGGGCAGCGAAGCGGAUUCAAAGAGAACCAGGGUGACAAUAAACAGCAAAAUGGUCCACCACGGAAACACAUUGUAUACAGAAAUACAGAAUUUUUCCAUCCACCGAUUCAUAGCAACAACAGCAAGAAGAGACUGAUUGAGGAUACUGAGGACUGGCACCCAAGGACAGGAACUACUCAGUCACGUUCUUUCCGGAUACUUCAACAGAUCACAGGCACUGAACGUAUGAAAGAGUCGGAAUCAGAGAAUCCAAAGAAGAUAAAGGAAAAGAUCCCCCUCCACAUCAUAGGCCCUAGAUACACAAAAUUACGUGACUGGCACCAUGGCGUUUCAGCACGUGUCCUUAACGUCCAAUGAUUUGCCAAGUCCUAAAAUAUGAAUGAUGAGUCCUUUUCUUCCUCUUUCUCUUCCAAAUGCUUUGCAAAGAAAGGAAUGAAAAAAAAAAACAGCUUUGAGAAAGUCUAGCCUUUUAUAUAUCAUUUUUUUCUUUAAAACAUUUCCUAUCAGUGUAUUAAGAAUGAGAUGAACGUGUGCUGGAUUAAAGCCAGUAUCUCUGUAAAAACCAUCAUGCAGGUGGCACAGAAGAUUCAUCAUGGCUUGAAAAACUAAGGUGCCUUUUCUCUGGCUGUUAACUGACAAAGGUGCUAUGCUAAGAUACAGAGAAAAAGUUACAGAAAUGCAUACUUUGGAAAACAUGCAUAAUAAACUCUUCUUUAACCAUCAGUGUGCACUUCCUAUAUGGGUCUGGUUGGAUUCCAUAAAAUCAAUGUUUGUUUCCUGUGGUGGAUAUAUUUUGGAGCAGGAUGUAAAUGUUUUCAAAGGGGUAAAGGAAGAAGAGGGUUUUUUUAUGUUAGUUAAUGGGUUUUAGCAAUAGUUGCAUUAUACAGCUCUUGCUCUACUUGAGAGAAAUGUUGCUGUGUGUGUAGAAGAAUGCAUUGGAACUCUUCCGGACACAGAUCCAAGUGAAAACUAUGUUACAGAAGAGCCAUGUAAAACAGCAAAGGAAAAUAGUAUGAGUUAAAUUAAUAUAGGUUUUAUUUAUUAUGGAGUGGAUUGUUUGGAUCUUAAUAGCAAUUUUGAUCAUGCAUAUUACUUUGUAAUAUAAUGUAUUAUAGCAGAUCCAUACUCAUCUAAUUUAUGCUAUGUGGAGCUCAGAACGACUGAAUAAAUAAUUGUGUUUAAUUUAGUUUCUCUUUUUUCUUUAUAUUCUUUCAAAGUUUGCACACAUAUGUACCAUAUAUACACUUACUUGAAAACAUUACUGAGAAGGUGUAAGAACAGUUUGUUGCCAUAAGAACAGGCUGCUCGACUGAGAUCUUAAAGAAAACAGGCACUUCUUCCGUUCAUUUUAAUUUUCUUAACAUUUAAAGGGAGCCCCCAUUUUACUUACAAGAACUUCAG